AUGUCUACUUGCGCUACGUUGUCCUCAACACUCCACCUCACUCCUCUUUUGUCUGCUAUAGGAUUCGAUAGUGCCGCUUCCUAUUGUGAGGAGUUGCCCAUCGACUCCGUCUUCGUCUCCCCUUACUCCAACCCCUUGGGUUAUACUUUUGCCCGUUAUGUACCAACCUGGGCGAUUACAUGCCCGAUCCCCGGCAAUCUGUCCAUUGGAAUGUCAGUAACCAUCGUACUCAUGGUUGACGACUCGAUCAUAAUGCGCGGCGUCGUUGCCGAGGCCUGUGGCGAGGACGAGCACGACGUUUUCCUUUAUAUCGAGACUAAGGAUGGUCAUCCGAUUGGAGUUCUCGCGUCCCCCAAGUCGUGGGUGUCUCUACUCGACACCCAACAACCGCAAUUGGUGACCUCGAAUCCUCUCUGCCUCGUCCUCCACUACGAGAUCUGUUAUGGGUUCUUUCGAGUCCUUCCCAUUAUACUAUUUCAUACCGUCUCCCGACCUGUUUCCGAAAAUCGGGUCACGUCACCACCGACGCCGACUCCCCUGACUUCCUUCGCCGAUGUCAUACGCUUCCGUCGCCCUCGAGUUCCACGGCGUCACUGCCGGAAGGUCGCACCUGUUGCGUGA